AUGGAUAAAACUAGAGCGCGCCACGUAUUUGAUCGCUCCGUUUUAUCUCAUUACAGGCUUAACAAGAUAAGUGAACUUCUGCCCUCAGUUCAGUGGCGAUACGUACCAUCAAUGCAAAAUCCAGCUGAUUGUGUGUCCCGUGGCUUACUUCCUACCGAGGCAUUAGAACACAGUUUAUACUGGGAUGGUCCGUCUUUCGUACAACAGUCACCUGAUACUUGGAAAUCACCACAGUAUGAAAAAAUUCCCGUCGCUGAACUACCUGAACAGAAAACCGUGGCAGAGACUCUGCACGUUAUUGUUACACCAACAACGAACGACGACUGGAUUGAAAACUUUUCAUCAUUGACUCGUCUAAAGAGAGUUGUUGCUUACAUGAGACGUUUCAUCGUCAAGGUUCAUUACAAGUCACUCCAGCGAAAGCCCACACAUCAAUGUGACGAGCAUCCACCCAUGUUUACAGGAUUCCUUCGAUAUGAAGAACUUCGCGAUGCCUUAAAGACGCUAGUCCAAAUAACGCAACGCACCCACUUUCCACAGUUAAUCAAGCUUAUUUCAUCGUCGUCAUCGUCAAUUAAACCUCGUUCGAUAGCUUGUCUCACCCCGUUCAUUGACGCAUCUGGAAUCAUACGCGUGGGUGGACGAUUGCGCCGUUCAACCGCACCGGAAGACUUCAAAUAUCCAGUGUUAAUGCCAAAAUCAAGCGCUUUAACGUUACUGUUGAUCCGAUAUUAUCAUAUAACUGGUAUGCACGCUGGGCCUCAGCUUGUGGCAUCCUUGUUGUCUUCUCAAUUUUGGAUUGUGUCAAGUCGCUCAGUUAUUCGUCACAUUAUUUUCAAAUGUGUUACCUGUACACGACAUCGAGCGUUAACCGUCAAAACGUUAAUGGGCGAUCUUCCUUCCUCACGAGUAUGUCCAUCGAGACCUUUCUCUAAUGUCGGUGUAGAUUAUGCAGGACCAUUGUUGAUCAAGGAAAGCAGACGUCGGAACGCCCGAUCUACAAAAUGUUAUGUGGCGAUCUUCAUCUGCAUGGCCGUGAAAGCGGUGCACAUCGAAGUGGUCUCGGAUCUAACAACUUCAGCAUUCCUGGCGUCAUUGCAGCGUUUCAUUGCUCGCCGAGGAAUACCUUUGGAAAUAUACUCAGACUGUGGUACCAAUUUCCAAGGUGCCGCAUCUGAAUUGCGUCGGUUGUGGUCAGAUCCUGAAGCACAAAACAGUGUCUCAAACGCUGUGCCGUGUAGGUGGCACUUCAACCCACCGGCUGCUCCCCACUUCGGGGGACUGUGGGAGGCAGCUGUUAAAUCCAUGAAAACCCACCUGAAACGAGUAAUUGGCACCCAAUUGUUAACUUUUGAGGAGAUGUGCACCAUAACUCAACGAAUAGAAGCCAUACUGAACUCACGACCAAUUACACCCCUUUCGUCAGAUCCGAAUGAUUUACGAGUGCUAACACCAGGUCACUUCCUCACAGGUGCACCUCUCGUCACGCUGCCUGAUCCCGAUGUGAAGCAGAUUCCGAUGAACCGUCUCAACCGAUGGCAGCUGUUGGAUCAAUUUCACCAAUCGUUGUGGAAACGUUGGUCUUCGGAAUACUUGCGAUCAUUGCAAGUCCGAUCGAAAUGGCACCACCCGCAACCUAAUGUCACAGUUGGUGACCUUGUGCUAGUGCAGGCACCCAAUUUGCCACCCACACUCUGGAAAAUGGGACGGGUCGAAGCCGUUCAUCCCGGUGAAGAUGGAGUGGUGAGGGUAGUAACUCUCCGUACCAGUGACGGCACCCUCAAGCGGCCCGUGGUCAAGUUAGCUCGUCUUCCAAUCAAUUAA